CUCACGCAUUUCGACAAACACUACUAUCGCAAAAUUCUCGAAUGCGUUUGGUUCGAUUGCUAUCGAUCUCCAUUCGUUUCUUGAAUCCCUAUCGGACUUCAUCUACGCGAUUCAAUGCAAUCCCUUCGUCUAUAUUCAUCUUUCAAUCCAAAUCAUCAUCUUUCUAUACGAAUUCCCCAUUCCCUAAUCCCAAAUCGUUCUCCAGCUUAACAUCAAAUGACGAAGCUCGAAUUCCAGUUGCCGAUCAAGUGUUCGACGCUAUAACCUCCAGCUCCGGCGCUGGACGGAGUUUGGAGACAUCCCUGGAUUCACUCGGCAUCGAACUCUCCACUGAGCUUGUCCUCGAUGUCAUUCACAGGCUCCGUUACGAAGAAAAGCUCGCCUUUCGGUUCUUCACUUGGGCCGCUCACCAAGACAGCUACGCGCACGAACGCCAGACCUACAACUUCAUGAUCGACGUAUUAUCCAGCACCAAGUACAAGAACAAACAGUUCGGCGUUGUCUGCGAUGUCUUGGAUUAUAUGAAACGGAGGUGCUGCAAUUCAGUGCCCGUUGAUGCAUUGAUAACGAUCUUGAGAACCUACACUGACAAACACCUCACCCAUUUGCGCAAAUUCGCCAAGAAGAAGAAGCUCAAGCUGAAGACAGAGCCAGCAUUGGAUGCAUUCAACUUGCUUCUUGAUUCUUUGUGCAAGUGUUGCUUGGUUGAAGAAGCUGUGCUAUUGUUUCAUAGAAUGAAGAGCAAAGUAGUGCCUGAUGCAAACACUUACAGCAUUUUGUUCUUCGGUUGGUGCCGAGUUAGAGACCCGAAGAAUGCCAUGAAGGUGCUUGAUGAAAUGCUUCAGAGAGGCCACACACCAGAGAACUUCACUUACAAUGCGGCCAUAGAUGCGUUCUGCAGCGCUGGAAUGGUUUCAGAGGCGAGGGAGUUAUUUGAGUUCAUGCGAACCCGGGGAUCGACGAUAUCUUCGCCUACUGCCAAGACAUAUAGCAUCAUUAUUGUCGCACUUGCGAAGGCUGAUCAGAUGGAUGAAUGUUUUAGAUUGCUUGCUGAUAUGAGAGAUCGCGGUUGUCUUCCUGAUGUUUCAACUUACAAGGAUUUGAUUGAAGGCUUGUGUUUGGCCGGAAAGAUUGAUGAUGCUUAUAAGGUAUUGGACGAAAUGGGUCACAAAGGAUUUCCUGCUGAUAUACUCACUUACAAUUGUUUCCUCAAUGUGCUUUGCAACUUGAAGCGGUCCGAGGAGGCUUUGAGGCUUUGCGAGAGGAUGAUCGAGCUCGGUUGUGAGCCGAGUGUUCACACGUAUAACAUGUUGAUCACUAUGUUCUUUGCAAUGGGGGAGCCGGACAGAGCAAUUGGAGUGUGGCAUGAGAUGGAUAAUAGAGGUUGUGCACGAAAUGCAGAUAGUUACAGCAUUAUGAUUGAAGGGUUGUUGAGGUUUGAGAGAAUAGACAAUGCAUGCUUUCUUCUUGAUGAACUGAUCAAUUGUGGGAUGAAAUUGCCGUAUCGAAGUUUUGAUUCAUUGUUAAGGCAAUUUUCAGAGAUUGGUAAUCUUCGGGCAAUUCAUCGGUUGUCUGAUCAUAUGAGGAAGUUCUAUAAUGUUGCUAUGGCCAGGCGAUUUGCAAUAAGCGAGAAGAAGAAGAGCAUGAGUUUGAGGAGACAGUGAUAAUUUUCGAAGAACUUGAGCUUGCUUAAUCACAGUUCAUGAUUGUCAUAUUCAACUUGAACUCAAUCUGUUACUGAUCACUGGUGAGAUUAGAUUUCAGAUAUUUAUAGUACUGUUUUAUGUACAAUUCUAUUUUAAUGAUCAAGUGAAAAGUGUGUUAUCACACUGCAAAUAGUAACAAGCUCUGAACAUUGUAUGAAUAUGAUCAUUCAUUUUGAUAUGAAUAAUAAAAUUAUCUUAAUAUAUAUA